UUUAUUCGCAGCACAGAGACAGAGUACAUAUAUUCGCAGCAUUGUUUACUCAUUUACUGUCUAGUGUCUUAUGAUAAAUAUACUUUUGGAACAUACGUACGUGAGCUGUGGAUUAGUGUGGAUGAAAAGAAAAUUGUGUCAUAUAUCAAUAAAUAAAGUUUAUUAAAUCCCAAAAUAAGGAUCUAACUAAAUCUAUGUCCCAAUUUUGCUUCAAUAACAAAAACAAAUAAGUGAAAAACUAUCAGGAGAUUUGAAAAUGUCAUUGUUUCCAGCUUAUGGUAAUGAAUCUUCUGAAAAAAUAGUCCAACAGGAAGAGCAUAGUAAUGAAUCAUUGGCCCUAGAGGCACAAUUACUUGCAAGUGACAAUGAUGAGGAGCAUGAAGGUAGCUCUCACACUGAACCCACAGCUCCGUGUCAGAGCCUCCAACCACCAGAAUGUGAUUAUUAUAUUGACUGCAAAUUAGAUGUUGGUAAUUUGCGAGUCUCUACUUUAUACUACCCGGGAAGACCACAGUAUAGCACGCUAUCAUCGCGGGAUGCGCUUGGUUGCCCGGGCGCCGGCGCCGCGGCCGGGCGACGCCGAAUACGGCGCUACUACAGCGCGGGCGCCAGCUCGGCUGACGCAUCGCCUGAUGCGGAGCUCGCGCAGCGGACACGUGCCUUCCGCGACAUGCUCGCGGACAACCCCACGGAUGAGUCGUUGUGGCUACGAUUUAUCGAGUUUCAGGAAGUGUCGCGGGGCGCGGAGGCGGCGCUGUCGGCGGCGGAGGAGGCGGCGGCGAGCGCGGGCGGCGCGGCCUGCGCGGCCAGCGCGCGCCUGCGGGCGGCGCUGCAUCGCGUGCGCUCGCUGGCGCUGUCGCCGCUGCGCCGCCUGGACCUACUGCGCCGCGACCUGGCACUCGCAGGCGGCGUGCCGGACGACGUGCGCACCGAGCUGUGGCUGCGCGCGCUGAGCUGCGCGGGCGCGGCCGGCGCCGCCGAGCUGGACGCGGUGGCGGGCGCCGCGCUGCCGGCCUGCCGCGCCCAGCCGCGCGCCUACCCGCUGCUGCUGUACGCGUACGGCGCCGCGCUGCGCGCCGCCGGCCACUGGGAGCGCCUCGUGCUGCUACUGGAGCUCGUGCUGUCCAUGAACUUCCCGCCCGCCGCCUUCCCCCCGCCCCCCGACCCGCGCCAGCUGGAGGAACAAGAGCAGCGCCUGCAGCAGCUAGAGGACAAGGUGCUGGACAGUGGGCUGCCCCUGAGCACAGUAUGGGUGCGAGUGGAACGUGCUCGCGCCGCCGUGCACUGGCGCGCGCCGGAGGCGGGCGCGGCGCUGCCCGAGGACCCGCAGCGCUUGCCCCUGGCGGCGGACGUAGCGCACCUGCUGCAGCCGGCGGGCGCGGCGGCCCCGCUGCUGUUGGUGCAGGCGCUGCGCUUGGCCAAGGUGCCGCUGAUGCCGCUGGGCCAGUACGUGCUGAGUGCGGCCGACGCUAGCGGCGACGCAUUGGGCGACGCGUCCGAGGCGGAGGGCGCCGAGGCGCUGCUGGCGCUGGUGCGCGCGGCGCGGCGCCUGCCUGCGACGAGCGCGGCGCGCGGCGCGGGCGCGGCGGCGCUGGUGGCGGCGCUGGUGGAGCCGCCGGAGUACCUGUCGGGCGCGGGCGGGUUCCUGCGCUGGCUGCGCGCGCUGUGGGGCGCGGCGUGCGAGUGGGCGGCGCCGGAGUGGCGCGACGCGCUGCUGUGCUGGCGCCUGCGCUGGCUGCACGCGCUGCUGCUGCUGCUGGACCUGCAGGUACUGCUCCAUGCCACGCCCCGCCUCCGAGAUGUUGAAAACGGUGAUUUGUAA